AUGAGAGACUCUGCAAGUGUCAGACGGAUAGCCCCCAAUAUAGCUCAAUGGGUCGCUGAGGUAAACAAACCGUCACACCACAGUAAGGUUUGGUCUAUUCUUGACGGUCACGUGUUGACUGACUCCCCGACAUUUUACUACGAUGAACGACACAGUAUUGGUGAUUGCCGUCCAACUGUCCGGAAAGCCCGUAUUGUAACUAAUGCGUCGCUGCCCGGGAAGCACUGGACUGGAGGUUCGCUAUUAUUAGAGCUCAUCAGAAGUGCAUAUCCAGUGACCAUACCGGGGUUUGAACUCCACACAUCUGACGUAUGA